AUUCCUGCAGGUAAACGAGGACACAAAGGGAGGGCAAAGCAGUUCACGAACCCAGAUGAGAUUGAUGCGCAGAUGAAAGCAGAGAAAGAAAAGGCAAGAGACCAGCCCGAAAAUGCAAGUGAUCCUGAUUCUGACAGCAGUGAAGAUGAUUUGGAGCCCAAGAAGAAAGGGGUGGAAGGUUUAAUAGAAAUUGAGAACCCAAACCGCGUAGUACAGAAGAACAAGAAAGUUACUGCUUUGGAUCUUAAUCCCCCAAACCGUGAGCUCAGCAGGCGAGAAAGGGAGGAGAUAGAGAAGCAGCAAGCCCGGGAGAGGUAUAUGAAACUCCAUCUUGAGGGGAAGACUGAACAAGCGCGUGCUGACCUGGCACGGCUCGCCAUCAUUCGGAAGCAGCGGGAAGAUGCAGCCAAGAAGCGGGAGAAUGAGAAGAAAGGAAAAGAAGCCAAGGCCUAGCGCCAGAUCGGCCCGACAGAUUCAUCUGGUAACUUGGAAGGGACAGGCUGGGUCAGUCAGACUGUCUGUCUGUUCCCACACAGCUCAUCUCCUCUGCCCACCACAAACAAAACAACAAAAAUACGCACAUAAAAACUAACUACCCAUUACACCACAUUGCUGCAGCUGGGUCCGGCCAGAGGGGAGCCUGCAUUAUUUGAAUUGUUACUCUUCUGAUAGCCACGAAUAAACAGGUGUUGUGUUUAAAAAUUCAGCCAUGUGCUUGUAGAAGCACCAUGGGCAUUCUGUCAAAUGGAACACUGAAAAACUUUUUUGAUGUUUCAAAGGAAGUGCCAUGGUCGGGCACUGAAAAUGUUAGCGUUCUUCUAAGUAGACUGACUUUGGGUGUUUAGGUCUCACCAGCUACAGGCCUGUUAAGAACUCCAAGUUCACUGCCUUUCCAUCUCAUAGUUGGCUUUCAUAAAUUUAUCAAUAGUGGCACUAAAAUAACCUGAAUUAUAUUUCUGGGGAGAGGUGCAGGUGGGAUUUGCACCCAAAGGAUAGCCUCUGCUGUCAUUGUCCAUCUGCAGCUGAUAUCUCUGACUAUAGUUGCGUGAAUAUAUUGUUUCAUAGAGGGUUGGGGAGGGGUUUUAAAAAAUUGGCUUCGCUCUUUAAACUUCUGAAUGUUUGAUUGCAUAAAUAGGCUACAGGGCUGUUUCAAGGGUGUUGUUUUUUUUGGUGGUUGAAUUACUGACACUCGGUGUAUUGAAUCUGCAUUCUCUACCUUCAUUUGAACUCCUGUUUUCAAUUUUUUUUCCCUAACUUGAGUCUGGAUGUUUCAUUUUCUUCCUCUUCAUCUUAGUGUGGAAUUACUGCCACACCAAUGUAUUUGCAAGCUUCGUUGGUUCUAUGAGCUAGGUAAAAUAAGGAGUGUCUUCUGGUGUGAGGUCAGGGACUAUUGUUAUCCUUUGUAAAUCUAACAUUGUCACGAAUGGCAAUUAACUUCUUUCUUCCCCCUUUGGGCAGGUUGUGAAGUGUAUCUAAUUUCUGUACUUGUGCCCGUUUUAUUUUCUUACUGUUUGCUUUUGACUCCCUUUGUAGGAUGGUUGAGUGGAUAAUCUCUCUCAAAAAAGAUAUCACCAGUGUUGGAAAACUAAACAGGCUCCUGAACUGAGGUUCCAGAUUCAGCCCUUGAGGUGGUGGGACUGGGUGGUGUUGGAGGUUGAGGGGGUGAAAAUGUUAAAUUUUUGAGUUGCUCAUAUGCUCUCUGAUCCUACUCCUGAUUGCCGCUCAGUGGCUUCUGCUGGCAAAUCCACACAAGCAAUGGUGGUCAGACUGGUUACACAGCACUGCUCCUGGAGGUCAACGAACCUGUAACAUUUGAGAUGGUUGACCUACAGAAGGAAUGUGAGAAACUGCUGUCUUCAAGCCCAGCAAGGUGUCUCUGCUCUGGAGCUGACUCUAGUUGUCAACACUUGAUGUCAGAGUUGCCAAGGGUUGGUGUCAAGACACGUUCUCUUGGAUGUGUCUAGGUUCAGUGGUAUUUUUGUCGAGGAGGCUAAGGGAUGGUCAGAUGAUAUCAGAAGGUCAAAUGCCUGCCCAGAAGAUUGAGCAGCAGAAGAGAGAGAUUGGUAUUUUGCCCUUUCUCUUUCAGACAAUGAUUCGACCUUUAGAUUUGCAGCAGUUUUAGUCUUUGGUUUCUGUUAACAUUUUAAGGGGGCCCAUCAGCAAAACCCGUAAUAGCUUCUGCUUGUGUGAAACCUGCCAGCUGAAACCAAAAUUCAUUUACGGAAAGAAUUCUCUGUUUGAUGGAAUGUUGUUUAUUUUGACAUGUCUGGUUCUGGAUGUCCGGUUUAACUAGUCUUUCUCUGAAGCCAUGCAUUUAAAAAGCAAAGCAAGCCAUGUGAAAUUCAGUACAUUUCAGACCAUCCCUUGUGCUCCAGUUCCCUGGUUUUGGUCUUGUUAAAGCACUGAUGAUGCAGAUCCAGGUCUCUGUAGUACAUCGGACAAAAUCACUUAGUGAUGCAGCAGUGUUCACAACGCAAUUUAGGACUCUCAGUUCACUAUCCCCUUUCCUCUCCGGCUGUAGUACUUUAGUCAGUCUUGCUGAAUCAUGUGCCUCUUAGACCUCCAUUUACAUGUCAGCCAACUUGUCACCACCUCCUUGGGCUCGCAAGCAAUGUGCUGCAGUUAACACAGGUAUGCCGCCACUACAGAAAAUCCCUCAGACUUGUUCUCCAUUCAGUAUAGUUACUUUAACCCGUGGUUUCCCAGGCCUACAGUUACAUUCUCUGAUAUCAGCAUACAUUGUGUUAUUUGUAAAUUCCUUGCUCCUGUAUUCACAAGUGCUCCUGAGGCAAGAUUUAAGUUUGAAACAGCUCUUGCCUAAAACUCAAGUGACAAUCCACCAGUACAACAACCUUCAGGUAGACUUGAUUCAGAAGCGGUCAACUUCUGAUAUCUCGCCUACUAUUUUGCCCACUGCAUCCCUGCAGGUGUUUAACAAAUGCAUUGUCAAAUUGCAAGAGUCCAUUAGGUUUGAUUUGCAUCCAUAUUUCAGUGUGAUUAUAUUGAUGGCAGCAUAAUAGUACAGCAGAUGGUUUCUUGAGCACACUAUUUAGUUCAUGCUCUUGACAAAAAUCUCCCCAUUAGCUCAAGAAUGAUCAAAGCCAUUCUACUGGAUUAAUGUUUGAGAUUUCAGCUGGUGAUCUGAAACAUUGGUGUAACCACUGUACUUCUGAGGGUCUUGAUCCAACCUGCUUACAUCCCUCAAAGCAGUGUGCUGCUUACUGUCAGACUAACUCAGAUGGAAAUACUGUGACCUGCAAACAGGACGGAAGCUACCUUGAGCUCCUCUGUACGGGCCAUAACCGUAGAUGGGUUUGACUCAAACUGACAUCCCCUUUUCACUAUUUUUGUCUUUAUAAGAGAUCGUUUUGUCAACCAGCUCCUCUCUGCAGUUGGGCACCCACUCUUCCAUGCUCUAGUUUGUUUUGUGGGAGCUGUCACCUGUCUGGAGUAUUCCAUCUCCAAGCUUCUGUGGAGGGAGUUAAUGAACUGUCAAAGGCUUUAGCCAACGCUGUGGGCUUCUGUUCAAAAGCAUCCAGGCUGAAACCCCUCAACAAUCUAGUGUUGCGACAUAAUCACAGGGUUAAAGAAUGCUUUUUUUAAUUUAAAUUGAAAUAAAACCUCUGGAAGAAACA